AUGGUAUCAAAACCGGGAAAUUUUGAUAUUUUUCUUCAUGUCACCCUUGUGUAUUGGCAUGAACAGUGCGUUUUAUCGAGAUUGUUGGCAUCCAAAUCUUGUAAUCACAUCUCCAUGGUGAAAGAGAAGGGAACAAGCAACGGACAUAGAAUAGAGAGGCAAGAGCAGGAACCACUGCUUGACUGGAAAGACGAAAGGCGGAAAAAGAGAUCGGGAUGUGAGAUUCCUAAUUUAAAUGAAAGGGAUGACCAGAUAUAUAUGCUCACAAAGUGCUUUGCCUGUAAUCGAUGGCAGAAAGACUAA